GUGGCUGAUAGUGACGUGGUCGGGCGCACCAAAACAGAGCGGGGAGGAAGCCCGAGGCGAGGAGCUGCGGCCGCGGAGUUCCGGAAGCUCCCGGCGGACUACCUGCCGAGCCUCGGUCCCGGCCCCAUCCUCCCCGCCCCGUCGGUUGUAGUCUGGGCGGAACUCUUCUGUCAGUUACUUAGUCCCCUGAGGACUUAUUAGCUACACCCUUUUCAGGAAAGGAGAAGUGAGAGAAGACGGGUGUGAGUCCCACCUCUGCGGAGUGACUUCAGAUUGAAACAGUCAAGUUAAAUCAAGCUGGGUAAUCAUGGCAGAGGGUGGAUUUGAUCCCUGUGAAUGUGUUUGCUCUCAUGAGCAUGCGAUGAGAAGGCUGAUCAAUCUGUUAAGGCAGUCCCAGUCCUACUGCACAGACACAGAAUGUCUUCAGGAAUUACCAGGACCCUCUGGUGAUAAUGGCAUCAGUAUUACUAUGAUCUUGAUGGCCUGGAUGGUUAUUGCAUUGAUCUUGUUUCUACUGAGACCUCCUAACCUUAGAGGAUCCAAUCUAACUGGAAAGCCAACCAGUCCUCAUAAUGGACAAGAUCCUCCAGCUCCUCCUGUGGACUAACUGUGAUAUGAGAAGUGAAAAUAGUUAACACCUUGCACGACCAAAUGAACGAAGAUGACCAGAGUACUCUUGACCCCAUUAGAACGGUUCUUCCUUUUGCAUCUGUAAUAUGGGAUAGUAUUGUUUUCACGAGCUUCUAGAAAUUUCAUUUGCAAGCUUAUUUUUGCUUCCUGUGUUAUCACCAUUCCUUCACAGUGUAUUUGAGUAAAUGAUUUUAUUUUAAAAAGUUACAUGGGCCUUUUUGGUUAUCCUAAACUCAAAACAUUCCAUUCAUUCUAUUUAUAACUGUGAUCACAAUUUUGGUGAUGAUUUCUGGCCUGAUUGAAGGAAAUUUGAGAUCUCUGCAUUUAAAUAUUUUAAAUAGUUUUGAUAGGUUUUAAAGUUGCUUUUUUCAUAGGGUAUUUAUAAAGUUAUUUGGGGUUGUCUGAGAUUGUAUGAAAGAAAAUUAGAACCACACUGUAUUUCUACUUACCUUGGUAGUUUAUUUGUGGGUGGGUGGCAGGUAGUUCUUGGGACUGUGGCAGCGUUUGGAAUAUUUUACAAGUUACAGCUGAAAUUUGUUUCAUCCACUACAACUGGCUUAUGUGACUAGAAAAGGAGGAGAAAAAUAACUGUUUACUAAGUUUUUUAUUCCCAUAAAAAUGUCUAAUAUUAAGAAAACUUUAAAUAAACGUGAUUUAAAUAUGGUGGAUGAUUUACAGUUCAUUAUAUGACAUUUGAAGCCACUGUAUACUAACUAGCCUUACAAGGUUCAUGAAAGGAGGAAUAUAGUUAAUUCUUUUUGCCUUUGCCAGGUAUAAUCUAUAUAUACAGUAAUUUAAUCUGUCUGUAAUUUAUUUUUCAAAUGGGUGCCUCUCAGAAAGCUUCCUUUCUGUUCAAAUACUUCCCUGUUCAAUGAAACUCUUAAAGCUAUCUGUAUUGGUAGCCCGUUUGCUUACUGACAGUUGAAUGCUGUUUACUUAUUUACUCUAUUUUUCUUUGAAGAAAAAUAUUUGAGUAUUUUGUUGUCCUUCUGACUUAAAAAAAAAAAAUUUAAUGAAUUCUUGGUUUACUCCAAGGGAAAAAGGAGGAAAAUGAGAAACAGUCAAGGAUCUUUUUCUUAUUCUAUAUCUCAUUCUUGUUUGGUAAUGGGGUGGAUUGGGAUGGGGAAAUAUAGGCAAAAUUUUGAACUGUAUAAGAAGGUUGCAUUGUUUUGGUCAGUUUGAAAGAAAAUAAUACAAAGGCAUUUUUAAAAGUCUGUAUCACCUAUGUGGUUAUGAAAUUUUUUCCUAGCAAGUGAUUACAGAUGAUUUGUGGGGGCUAGAAGAUACUUUGCUAUCAAUGUAAGGAUUUUUUCCCCUUAGACCUGUCUAGUUUUUCACUGUAUCGAUCUGAGAAAUUACUUAUAUAAAUUGAAUAAACUUCUCUAUAUCAUUGUACUGUUUUAAUAGAGUCUCUGAUAUAGUUGUGUGACCCUCUUAGGGCAUUUCCCCCCCUUUAUUAUGGUUAUAUUCUGGGCCAUAAACAUUGUAAGGGUUUCAUUUCAUUAUGUAAUCCAGUAUUGACUGCUUGCAUUCCUCCUGUGCAUCGUGGCUUUGUGCUCAACUUCUUGAAGUAAUAUAACCUGUUUUUAAUUAAUUGUGCUAAUCAAGGGUUUUGUAACACAGGUAAGUCAAAUCCUGGAUAAAUAAAUACCAGAGUUAAGGUUUUUCCUCUUGCUGUGGCCUACUGGAAGCCUUCCCAGCUUUAUAGCUGUUAAAGUAUUUAAAGCAGAAUGGGCAGGAAUGGCAUAAGAUUGGAGCUAAAUGCCUAUAAGCAUUCCUGUUUCUGCCUUUGCCCUCUGAACUUUGAAGGCUUGCACAUAUAUCCUAACAGUCUGUCCUCUGAACUGCUAGAAAUCCUGGCAGAGAUCCUGAUGUAUUCACUUAGUCAAUGGCUCACAAAUAAUUGAGAAUUGGCUUUGGUAGAAGACCUGGCCAUGAUGUGGAAACAAUGUCUAGUGUUAGAUAGAGACCUGGAAAUCUGGAUUCUUAUUAUCGGUUCUUCAUUUGUGUCAUACACUUAAUCGACAUUACAUCUAGAAUAUUAACCUUUUCCUAUAUGGACCAUAUGUUUAACUAGUAACAGAGUUCUUAGUGGAGUAUUUAGUCUUGUUUUUUUUGCUUGUAAAAUUUCUCUGCAGUCCUAAAAAAGAUAGUGUACUACUGCAUAUAAAAUAUUCCUGUUACCCUAACUAGUAAUUUAUAUUCUUUUUAAUUCUUAAAGCUUCCACAUGUGGCCUUUUUAUUGAGCACACUCUUAUUCAUUACUUGGCUUGUAAACAUUCACCUGAAUUCUGGCUACAAUCAUUUUUAAAUAAUCUGGAAAAAAAAAGAUAAAUCUUCGUAUUUUAAUCACUGUGGGCUCUUAAAUAUUCCACAGAUGCCAUUAAGAACUUAUUUUGAGAGUCAUUUAAUGUUACUUUAUGCAAAAUAAUUGUUUUUUGCUUUCCAUUUUGAAACAGUUAACACUGGGACUGUGUGUAGUAAAAGAUUUUAUCAUGUAUCUAUCCAAGCACUGUUCCAUUAUCAGCAAGUCAUAUUUUAAACAAUUUGCAGAGAUUUUCUGAAAUAACUAUUAAGUUGAGCUAUUCCAGGUACUUUUAGUGUCUUUGUGUGGUGUGUGAUGUGAUAGUGUUUAUGGAAUUACCAAAUUCUUCCAUUUUCAAAGGAACCUUGGAAAUUUAUCACUCUGAAUGAAAGUCUAUUACUCUAAAUGAAUAUGUCCUAAAAUUGACCGGCUCAGCUUAAGACACAAAAUAGCAACUUAAAGGAGAAAUGGGAAUUUACAGUUAAUGGGUUAAAUUUUUGUUGUUGAAUUAGUAGGUUAAAUUUUAACAUAAUAUUUUAAAUGAAAAAUCAUAUGUAUUUGUUACCAUGUCUGAUGAUUACUUUGUUAAAAGAAAAGUGGUCAUGUGCUAUACUAAAUGUUAAUUGCUGUUUUAAAAUGUUUAAUCAUGCCAAACAAAUCAUGUCUGUGCCAUUCAGGGUUUAUUGUAAUCUUUUACUGAGUACUUGGACUGGGAUAAAGGGCUUGUACUAUGCACUUUUUAUUAAUGAAUAAAUAGAAAAUGUUAGUAACACUCA